GUCGCCUGGACAUUAGAUAGUGAUAAAAUGUCUUCCCAAGGUCCUAGGCAGAGGUGUUUAAUUGCACUAGCAAACUAAGGAUUAAAAAAUAUUGUAGCUAAUCUUCUCAAAAUGACGCCAUCUUCAACUACCUCAUAUUCGACACAUCCUUCACUCCUUCCUCGAUUUGGAAUUGCAAUUCUAGCUCAACGAGAGAAAAACUCAGAACUCAUGAAUUGUAACAAAUUCUCAUUUUCGCACCAUCCCUUUCGCCCUAAUAUUGUUAUUUCUACUAAAACCUGCUAUUUCGCUAAAAUGCCUAGGUGUCGUGUAGGCAUCGCUUUUGCGAGCUAGGCGUUAGACUGAGUGCCAACGCUUUCCUAUCGCCUAACGUCUUCUUGAACCUUGAUAUUAACAAUUAAUUGAUCAAUAAAUGCACAUCAGUGCAAGUGUAACUCUUCAAGUCCAAUAAACUUUUUAUUAAGGGGACAUAGUUUGAUGGACCCUACCUAAAAAUAUUUUCACUACAUCACGACUCACAGCGUUCACGACCCUCACCCACUUCACUCCUUGCCCACGACGCUCACCACCAGCGGCCCUUGGGCCCAUGAUGCUCGCCGCCCACGACCCUAUUGCCACUUCACUCCCGGCCCACGACGCUCACCGCCCACGACCCUGGGCCCCCGAUGCAGACUACCUAAGACGAUCACCGCCCACAGCCCAUGGAUUUCGACCCACUUUGCUCCCGAGCCAAUGACGCUCGCCACCCACGAAGCCCACCUCCUUCGGUACUCACCGCCUGCAUCGCCCACUCCCUCGAAUCCACUUUGCUCUCGGGUCCAAGGCGCUCACCACCCGCGGUGUUUGGGCUAGCUGCCUUCGCUCCUACCUACUCCCUUAUGUUGCACCCUCAUUUAAGCGUGUCCUACCACGUGGCGUGAGCACCUAAACAUGGCACAAGGGCACACGACCCGUGGUGGACGUUUGCUUGAGGCAACGACACAUCUUCUGGCUACGCGUCGGCCUACACUCUCGCCUAGACCACCCUCUCCUACACUUAAUUUUUUUUGUGUCAUUCUUCCCUCAACUCACCACUUUGAGCGUCAGAGUGUGUCCCUACCGAGAUCAAUAAGUGGACCAUUUACAGGAGGUGGUGGGAGUCAAUAUGACGAGCAAAGAUCGCGAUGUAAAGUGAUUUUAGGCCUCUCUCAGUGUCCGUAGCAAGAAAUCUGGCGUCGGCGACAACCUCGACAUCAACACAUAUAUGUUAAUUUAGAGAUUACAUUGUUACAUUUUAACGUUUUCAGUGACCAUUUUGCUAGAUUUAGUAUAAUUAGUAACCCUUUUGGAUUUUAACCGGUAUACGUGGGCACUCUUCUAGUCCGGGGAAGGAAGAAUGCGCUGGAGUUCCAGUCGCGUAAGUAAAGGGGAAGACUUGUUUGUUCCAGAAACCCAGAAGAAACCACCGCUGCGAAAGAAAACAGGCAACUAAAGAUCGCUGCCUUUCGGAUAUACCGAAACACCAAAUGAUGCAACAACACCAGCGACCACGGAGACGCUGCGAAGGCACCGCUAUGGGCGCCAUCGUCCUCGAUCUCCGCCCUGGCCUCGGCAUCGGCCCCUUUUCUUUAGGGAUGCCGAUAUGCGAAGCAUUUGCCCAGAUUGAGCAGCAACCCAACAUUUAUGAUGUUGUCCAUGUGAAGUACUUUGACGAGGAACCUUUGAAGCUAGACAUAGUUAUUAGCUUCCCGGACCAUGGUUUUCAUCUUCGAUUUGAUCCUUGGUCCCAGAGGCUAAGAUUGGUUGAAAUCUUUGAUGUCAAGAGGCUCCAAAUGCGAUAUGCCACGUCUAUUAUUGGGGGGCCGUCCACCUUGGCAACUUUUGUUGCUGUUUAUGCUCUCUUUGGCCCAACAUUUCCUGGUAUCUAUGACAAGGAUAGGGGAGUUUAUACCCUGUUUUACCCUGGCCUGUCUUUCGCAUUUCCAAUCCCUGGGCAGUAUGCAGACUGCUGUCAGGAUAGAGAAGCUGAACUGCCUCUGGAGUUUCCGGAUGGAACCACACCAGUCACCUGCCGGGUUUGUAUAUAUGAUGGCUCUAGUGAUAAAAAAGUCGGCGUUGGCUCCCUUUUGGACAAGGCUGUUGCUCCUCCUUUACCUGCUGGCAGUCUGUACAUGGAGGAGGUGCAAGUGAAGCUUGGCGAAGAGUUAUUCUUUUCAAUAGGGGGGCAGCAUAUUCCGUUUGGUGCGUCACCACAGGAUGUAUGGACGGAAUUAGGGCGUCCUUGUGGCAUCCAUCAAAAGCAGGUGGAUCAGAUGGUCAUUCACUCUGCUUCUGACCCACGUCCAAGAACAACCCUUUGUGCCGAUUACUUCUAUAAUUAUUUUACUCGCGGUUUGGACAUCUUAUUUGAUGGCCAGACUCAUAAAAUCAAGAAGUUUGUUCUUCAUAGCAACUAUCCUGGUCAUGCGGACUUCAAUUCAUACAUAAAGUGCAAUUUUGUUAUCCAAGCAAAUAACUCGAAGCAGAGUAUCAACCCUAGCACUAAAUGGGAGCAAGUGAAGGAGAUCCUAGGAGACUGCGGUCGUGCAGCUAUCCAAACCCAAGGUUCUACAAGCAACCCUUUUGGAUCCACUUUUGUAUAUGGGUACCAGAACAUCGCCUUAGAGGUGAUGAAAAAUGGCCAUAUUGCUACUAUAACUCUUUUCCUGUCAUGACCAUCGAAUCAAUCUUCCCCUGUGGUAAGUCCACGCUAAGCUCGCUUCUCCUUAUCAAUGUUCAACUUUCCGGUUGCCCUUAUGUUUUCUGGUCUUGAUUACCCUGCGAGCUAGUGCCACUAUUCCUUUUCCCUGCUUUUCAUUUGCAAAGUUUGCCUUGUUGCAGCAUUCAAAGCUGACAGAUAUUGUACAGUCGAACUACGAAGCAUAUCCGUGAUGAUUGCAUUUGUUUUCAACAAAGCACUGUUGAAGUUUGUACAGUAAGUUAGUUGUGUACAGUUUUAAAACGCAGAAAAGACUACUGUGUAACUUGAUGAAACACGAUAUCCACAGCAACAUAUUUGUAUCUGCGUGUAGCACUUAAAUGUGCAACCAUAUUCGGAAUCCUUGAAACACUUGGUAUUCCAAUUAGCUUUUGAUUUUAUAUGCGUUCGAUAAGAAACUGUACAACAAAUGAGGUAGCCAGUCAUAGCCAUAAAUGAAACUCGCCCUCCAAAAUUAGCUCCCUACCGAGAACCGAGCCGAAAAGUGAGUAAACCAAGUCGAAAAAUCGCCCUAGACUGAACAAAAAGGGAUAGGACCA